UAUGCUAAUGGAUAAAAAAACCAAUAAAAAUAUUAAGAGUUUAAUAUAAAUACAUGCAAUUUAAAUUCAUUAUAAGUACAUUUAUGAAUAUAUAAUAUUCAACAAAUUUAACAAAAUACAUAGAAUGAAUGUGGAGGAAUCAGACUGCUGUGGGAACGGUUGUGCUAAUUGUAUUUUAGAUAUAAACAAAACAUCGAAAGAUGUAGUUAGAAAAUUAGAAAACAAUAUUAAUUGUUUACAUACUAAAAAUUUAUAUGAAUUAAUAUCUGUGGAAUAUGUUGUGGAACCUGAUAUUUUAAAAAUGAGAUUUAAACUGAACACGCAAGUUAUCAGUGAUAAUCAAAGCAAUGAUUUGGUGCUUUAUAUUCCACCAGGGCAUCACAUUAUGAUGCAAACUAGUUUGUAUAGUCGUCCAUAUACCCCAUUUUGGGUGGAUGAAAAAAAUUUGCAAUUUGAAAUUUUAAUAAAUUUAAGACCAAACGGUGCAAUGUCAAAAUACAUUAAGCAACUUAGACUAGGAGAUUUAGUUUUAUUUAAAGGACCCAUUGGCAAAUUUCACCACGAAAUAAAUAAAUAUGAAUAUUUGCUAUUAUUCACCAACGGAGUUGCUGUUGCUUCAGUUAUACCUAUUAUAGAACAAAUUUUAAACAAUGAAGACGAUAUGACGAGAAUAAUUUUUUUUGGGUGUUUUACCGAUUUGGAGAACUUCUAUUUUAGAGAAAAUUUUUUUAAUUACAAACAAUACUGGAAUUUUAUUGGUACAUCAUAUUUGGCAAAGGAAAAUUGUGGAUAUGAUUGCAAGACGCAAGAUGAAAUUAAAAAUGAGAGUUGUAAUAAAAAGGAAUGCUGUAUUCAUUUAAAACAAAAACUUAAAUAUGGUGAAAAAAUACUUAACCGUAGGUUAACCACUGAAGAUAUUUCUGAAUGUAUAGAUAGUAUCAACACUAAUAAAGUAAAAGUUGUUGUCUGUGGUUCUAAAUCUUUUGAAAAUUUUAUUAAAGAAAGUUUGGAUAUCUGCAAAAUUAAUAAAGAAAAUAUUGAUGUACUAUAAAAAUUUGUAAUAGGUAUUGCUUCACAUUUAAUAUGUAAAAAGAAUUUCAUCAACAUCUUUUCUUCUUAAGUCGGGUA